AUGGAGGGUGUUCAGACUGUGGAUGUGAGCUGGCUUCAUCAUUCGCAGAAAGAUCAUCUUUCGCGCACGAAAUCCGUAACUUCAGGGGGCAGCGACAAAUCGAGCGCCGAGAAGGACUCCGCGACGAACCCAUCCAAACCACACCGACGAUCCCGAUCGAAUAGCAGCCCGGCUCGUCCACCGUCCUCAAACGGCUCAACAACAAAGCACGAGCCGCAGAAUGAAGCAAUUAAGGAAGAAGAACCGACCCCGGAACCAGAAAAACCCGCAGAGCAAAAACCAUCUACUCCCUCGCCCGCAGCCCCGAAAACUGCUCCCAAACCACUCUCUGGGCGCAGAAAUUCAUGGAUAUCCAGUUUGAGCUCCAAGUUUUCCUCUGGAUCCACUCCGCCAUCGCAGUCUAGUCUGAAAGGGAGCCCGGCAAGUCCGAAGGCCACUGGACCUCUCGAUCAUAACCCAUUCGGCGCCGCUUUCUCCCCGAAAGACAAGGAAGAGGAAAAGAAAGAUGACUCCAACCCAAACCCAUUCACCUCCUCGUCGCCUAAAGGGCCCUCCUUUAUCCACAGUGCACUACGCAAGUUUUCGUCCAAUUCCGGUGGUUUGCCCAAGCUACCGCCAGCUUCCGCAACAUGCCCGCGCCGAGUGAUGAACCUCGACCAGGGCCGCGAUCGGUGCAAAAUCGCAGAGCUCAACCAAGCAAAAUUGCAUAGGGUGGCGUUCUGUGUGGAUGUUGAAAUCGCCGGAGUGUCGCAUCGAGAUUCAGAUGAAGAUGCUCCUCCGACAAAUCAACUUCGACAAGCCUUGCCGGAGUCGAAUCGCCAGAAGGCGAAGAAGGCUGAAGCUAAGGUCGAUACAAAGGCUGAUACUAAGACAGAGGACAAGGAAAAGGGCAAGGAGGAGGCCGAAGCACUGAAGCACCCCCAAGCCGCAGUGGCCGAGAAGGAGGCAGCUCCAGCGACCUCAGCGACCCCGGCAGCUCCGGCAGCUUCAACAACUGCUCAAGCAGAUAGCCCUCUGGAUACUCAGACUGCGACCUCUACUACCGAAUCCGCUACUCCAAACCCUACCGCCGAUGGCGAAGCGGGCAGUGAAAAGAAAGACCCGACUCGCAAGCAAGAAAAGAAGAAGCGGUCAGAAGAAGAACGUAAGGAGCGUAAGGAGCGUAAGCGCAGACAAGCUGUCGCGAACGGCUCAAUUCCGCUCCAAAUAGAUCCAGAGCACGACGAGGUCGAUUGUCAUGCAUCAAAGUCUGGUAUCUCCCGGUCUAAAACACAGAGCCACCCUACCACAGACCCCGCGCGCAUCUAUCGACGAUGCUGCCAGCUGAGAGAAACGCCUGUUCUCAAACGGGUGAUCGACGAAAUUUCUUCGCCGUCCUCCACGCUGGCAGAAUCGCCCGGUACUGUUGCCGCUCUGGAUCUCAGUAACUUCCCCAUGACGCCUCAAGAUAUCAUGACGUUGAGUGACUGGCUUGCGGUGGUGCCUGUCCGUAAGCUCCUAUUGGAAAAUUGUGCACUCACCGACGUCUCCGUGCGGGCGAUUCUUGCUGCUUUGCUUUCGACAAAGACUGUGGAACAGAUGCGCUACCGGCGGAAGCGGAAUCGCAGAUGUGAAUCACCCACUGUGAAGUAUGAACGGUGGGGUGUUGUGGAGAAGCUAUCCCUGAAGGACAACCCGAAAAUUGGACGGGAGGGAUGGCGCCACAUUGGCCUCUUCGUUCAUCUUUCCAAGUCCUUGAAGGCGAUUGAUCUUUCCGGCAUUCCUUUUCCUAAAGCUCGGGCUCCAGGAGAUAACUCUAGCCAGUGCGCUGCCACCGACGUUUGCAAUACCUUUGCGUGCGCUCUGGCGGAGAGGUUCAGCGGCGAUCACCUUGAGGAACUGCUCAUGAGUGAAUGCAAGCUUUCCGUCGAGCAGGUCAAGCGAAUUUGCAAGGCAUCCACCAAAUUGGGGUUGCGACGGCUGGGAUUUGCAAACAAUGAUCUGACAAGAGAAGGUUUGGAACACGUUGUUGAGUAUCUCAAAGCUGGACAAUGUGAAGGGCUGGACUUGGGAGGAAAUCCUAUUAAAGACGACCUUGAUCUUAUUACAGAUGCUGUUGAACCCGAGCAGCCCCUAUAUGCCCUCAGCCUGGCAGAUUGCUCCUUGGAUCCUUCUGUGAUCACUCCGUUGCUGCAAUCCUUGACUCAGAUCCAUAACCUUCGCUUCAUUGAUUUCUCUCAUAACCCUGGUUUGUUUUCUAUGCAGGCCAAUGCACUUGGAGCGUUCCGGCGCUUUUUGCCCAAGAUGCCUUCGCUCAAGCGUAUCCAUCUUGCCGAUGUCGAUCUUUCCCCCGAUCAUGUUAUCGGUCUUGCUGAGGUUCUGCCAGAAUGUCCUAGCCUUUGCCAUUUGAAUAUAUUGGAGAACCCGCAAAUUGUAUCUUUGGCCUCUGCCGUGGACCCUGCUGUUCAGGAAGAGGCGUGUGCAGUCUAUGCUUCUAUGAUGGCCGCAGUCCGAGUUUCGGGUACAAUGAUCGCAGUGGAAAUUGACGUUCCCACCGCCGAAAACAACGAAGUUGUCAAGGCACUAGCGUCCCAGAUUGUCGCUUAUUCGCUUCGAAAUCUGGAAGGUACUGCUAUUGGAGAGGAUCUGCCUGAAACACACGUACCGCAUGAUGUUCCAGUGCCAGAGAUCCUGCAGCACAUUGUUGGACACUCCUUUGGUAUGGACGAGCCAUACGACGAAGAAGAUGAUGUCGCUCCAGACGAGGAUUAUGUAAUUGGUGGUACGGGCGUGGUCAAGGCACUUGGUGUCUGUCUCGGAAACCUUGAUCAUCAUGGAAGCGAUAUUCCUGGAGAUUCAGCACCUGCCAGUGGCACUACGACUCCUCGGCGUCGUAAGUCCAGAGGCGUGGUUACUAAGAGGCCUCGUGACAUGUCAAAGAAUUUGCUGGAGUCCGCUCGCAACAUCCGAGCAAGGAUUCAGUCAGCGCUUGUCCGCGAAGACCGGGCCGGUAACGAUGCCAAUUACCGACGUCUCCAGUUCUUGGACAUUACAUUGCAUAGGAUGAUCCAGCGCUUUGAGGAUGAGUACCCGGAAACUCGCUUGCCUCCUCCGCCCGUCCCUAUUUCUGCCCUGCCAGAAACCAGCUCACAGCAUUCCGGCGAGGAAGGAACCGGCUCGAGUGCCAUCAACGGCAAUCUUAGCAGCAGCUUUAUGGACAAUGAAAAUGCCAUUGAUGAUGAGGAAGGCGAGCAAGAAGGUUUCCAUCUUUCCCGAAGCAGCUCAAUGACAUCGAUGCAUGCCCGCGCCAUGACAUCAGAAGAAGGCCACGUCCAUCGCCUGGGCCAAAACCUCCGCCGGGACCUACUGAAAACACCCGAUCGUCAAGGCGAAGACGAUGAAGAAGACAACUCGCACCUUGCUGUGCUACGGGAGAGACUCGAGCGCCUACACGAGGAACAGUCUCGACCGUUCCACACCGAAGAAGCCUUUGAGAAACUUGGCAGUACGGUUGAUGAGCUCUGGGCCUACCAGCAUCAAGAUGCCGAGGGCUUCGAGAAAUUUAAACAAUCUCAAAUUGCGGCGCAGAUCAACAGUGGUUUGCGUCGUGAAUCUUCUUCCUCUGAAAGCAAGUCACCACCAUCAUGA